GUCCUGUCAUAUCGCACCAUCUGAUCGUCCGGCAUCGCUUCGCCGGUCCUGCAUCGGCUGCAUCGGAUCUGUCUGCAUCGGAUAUCUCCUCGCACCAGAUACACCUUUGCUCCAGACACACCUUGGCUCCGGACACACCUUGGCACCAGAUCCAUCUGUCCCUGCGUCCUCCGCCGCCGUUUCCCUUUCGUCUUCGCCGUCGUUUGGUGUCUCCUUUCUCCUUUUGCCGUCCCAACACAGCCGGCUGCUCCGAUACCCCCCCUCUUCCUCUGGCCUCGGUCGUCCUCCUGUCGCCUAUCUCUGUCGCCGCUGUCGCUGUUUAUGCCUGAGACGUCGCCGGCACCAUGUCGAUCCUCCUCAAACGCUCAAACUCCAGCGCCUUGCCGCACACCUAUCGCUCCCACAACUCUCGCUGCACACCAAGUCCAGACGGCCACCCUUCGCCGCCUCCCACUCCCCCGCUGCCGACCCCGCCGCCUCUGUCGUCGCUGAAAUCCAGACCCAAACCGACCGUCUCGAUCCAAAAGUCAAAGUCGGCCAGCGGCCUGCACUCAAAGUACCUGAGUCGUCCGGCCCCGCUUGUGGACUGCAUCUUGCCGGCCUCGCUCUCGGCGGGCUACAACGAGAACCCGCUUACAGGCGCCUUCGAGCCUAUUCCCGGAUGGCCGCUACCGCAGGACGGUAAUGCACCCACCUCGGCUCUGGCGGACUCGCUCAUCUCGAUACCGCUGUCCGAGCAGCUGCGGACGUUUUCCUCCCGGCUCUCCGCCCACCGGGUCAGUCGCAGCAAUCCUCCUCUGCCCCCGCGUCCGGACAAGCGACGGAGCUAUCUCUGGGGAUACGGCCCCAAGCGCCGCCGGGACAAUCCCGAUGACGACGACUUGUAUGGCAUGCAGCGCACCAUCAGCUGCGAGGAGAUCCAGUGGAUUCCGUACGACCCGCCCGAGUCAAGCGAUGGCACCAUGUGUGGGCCCUUCCGUCGUCGCCAGCGAGGAUACAGUUUGCGCAUCACCAAUGCCGAUGUCUCGGCCGAUGCCCAGGAGACCAUCAUCGCCCCGGGCGAUGUCGACCGGUCGUUGAUGGUGUCUCCAGACAACGACUCGAAAGUCGUCUCGCGAUCAAGCACCAUGCACAGUCGGGCAACAGACUCUCCCGCAUCGUUGGCCUCGGGGAUCAAUCGUCCUCCAACCGCCUUCAGCUUUACAGAGUCGCACACCGAGCCCACGCCAACCAUGCUCCAUCUCGAGCCGGUCCAGAAUGUCAAUGCGCUCCUCAAGGAUGGCUACUUUUCGAGCUCGCCCAUCGGGUCGCCCAGCGAGAGCUUGAAGCUUGAUCUCCCGUACUAUCCUGCAGAUAUGCAGUCCUCCAAGGGCUACCAGCAGCCCCCCAUCAGCCCAAAUCCAUCCAUGCAUCGUACCCUUUCUGCCCCCAACAGCAACUUCAAAGGCCCCUUCAAAUCUCGGCGACGGACGACCAACUUUUCCAGAAUCAUGCCGGGCUCCUUCUCGAGCCACGAUUCAGUCGAUCUGUCGUUCCCGUCCCCGGUUCCAUCGACGCGCUCGUCCAUCACCCUGGCCGACAGCAUGCCUUCUGGCGGCCCUUGGCCCGUGACUCCGUCCAGCACCGCGCGGAGUCUGCGAAAGUAUGGGUCGCUGUACCUAGCCAACGACGAAAUCGGCGGGCCCAUGUCGGCCGUGGACGUGCGCCAGAUCGACGAGUCUUUGGCAGCCUCGAUGGCCUCGCUGCCGGACUACCACCGGCCGUACUUUGAAAAAGUCAUGCUGGAGCCGGUCGAGGGCACGCCGCCCGAAAGCAGGACGGCAUGGAAAACGCUGCAGAAAAAGUCCUCGCGCCUCCUCCAGUCGGCACACUUGCUUAUCCCAAACUUUGACGGCGCCGCUGCAACCUCGAGCAGCAUCCGCGAGACCGGCGCCCGCGAUGCCAGUUCGUCGUCUCUAUCGCUUCACCACUAUAAUUCCUCAACAGACUCGCUGCCGUCGCCGAGCCCGAUACAACCGCCUCGCGCCAGCCCUCUGGACCGCCGCUGCAGUCUGGGACACCUGUCGAGCCGCCGGCUGGUCCCAAACUCACAGCUCGAGCAGUGGCGCCCAGAGACGCAAUCUCCGGUAGACCACGGCUUGGCCCGGGAUCGAGACCGAGACCGAGACCGAGACCCAAACCACAGCCGAAACCAUAGCCGAAACCAAAACCGAAACCGGGAGCUGUUGUCUCCGGUCGGAACCCUUCGCAGUAGCUCAUCCACUUUUAUGGACGACCAUGACGACGGCGACGAGAUCUUCCCACUGCGGCAUCAGUGCGAUGGCCCUUGUUUCACACAGGGAUGCACCUAUUCCAGCCCCAAGAUCAUCGUCAUUUCCCAAGAUACCAGCCGCUAUGAUGACGAAGACGACGCCGACGACAAUGGCGAUCAUGGCGAUCAUGGCGACGACGAUGCGGCGCCAACUCGAGGCCGAGCCACGAGCCGACGGGCCCUCGACCAAGGCUCAUCCGAGGUCCGUGGGUUUUAUUCCGAGCGCAAGGGCCUCACCACCAUGAUCCGGGGCGCUAUCCAGCGCAGCCGGUCCUCCAAGCGGGUGAUCUGAAGCUCGGCGACGAUCCGGAAUCCGCCAGAAUCCACUCUUCUCCCAUCCAUCCUCCACCGCCUCGCUCCUCAUCUGCCUAUCGCUCGUGAUAUCCCUCCAUCCAGUUCACUUCUAUUGUCUUGUCUACACAAUCCACGCCAGGCCCUGCAUACGGCCGCACUGUGUAUUUGCUGUGAUAUUUUCUUUUUCUGUUCCCCAUCAGCACUUUGUACCAUCGCCUUUGAAUCCACCCAUUGGGCUCGCAUGUUCGGCCCCUUGCAUAUUCCCGUCCCACGAAUACAAUGUGCUGCUUCAGCGUCCGCCUCGCUGGUGCGAUCGACAGGCCAGCGAGCGCCGAUUCGAAGCAUCGCAUGGAUGUUCGCAGGACACUAUGAAAAAAUUUCUUGUUAAUAAAAUGAGCGAGAACGAAAAA